AUGAUGUUCUUCAAAGCCAUCGUUGCCUUCCUACUCCAGGUCACUGCCCUGGUCGCGGCUGCAGACACGGCUGCAUGGAAAUCCCGCAGCAUCUACUUCGUGCUCACAGACCGGGUCGCCCGCAGCAGUAGCGACACUGGAGGGGGUUCAUGCAGCAAUCUCGGAAAGUACUGCGGCGGUACCUUCAAGGGUCUCGAGUCGAAGCUUGACUACAUCAAAGGUUUGGGCUUUGAUGCUAUCUGGAUCACGCCUGUGGUUGCAAAUAGUGCAGAUGGAUACCACGGAUACUGGGCGCAAGACCUGUAUGCGGUGAACUCCAAUUACGGUACUGCAGCCGACCUGAAGAGUCUCGUUAGCGCGGCCCAUGAAAAGGGUCUCUAUGUUAUGGUCGAUGUGGUAGCGAAUCACAUGGGUUUCGCAAAUAUCGCCGAUAACCGCCCAGCACCGUUGAACCAGGCCUCUUCGUACCAUGCCGCCUGCGACAUUAACUACUCGAACCAGACCAGUGUUGAAAACUGCCGGAUCGCCAACUUGCCUGACAUCAACACCCAGAGCUCUGAGAUCCGAACCCUUUUGAACACCUGGGUUGGCUGGCUUGUGAAAGAGUACAGCUUCGAUGGUGUACGUAUCGAUACCGUUAAGCAUGUUGAAAAGGAUUUCUGGUCCGGCUUUUCGUCUGCUAUCGGUGCAUACUCGAUCGGUGAAGUGUUCGAUGGAAACCCAAGCUACCUCGCUGGAUAUGCGAACUUGAUGCCCGGUCUGCUCAACUAUGCCGUCUACUACCCCAUGAACAACUUCUACCAACAGAAAGGUUCAUCGCAGACGCUUGUGGAUAUGAUCGACACUGUCAGCUCGUCGUUCCCCGAUCCUGCAGCGCUGGGCACAUUCUUAGACAAUCACGAUAACCCUCGCUGGCUAAACCAGAAGAACGACCAGACGCUGCUCAAGAAUGCUCUGGCUUUCGUCAUCUUGUCUCGAGGCAUUCCGAUCCUGUACUACGGCACCGAGCAAGGAUACGCAGGCGGUGCUGAUCCUGCAAAUCGUGAAGACCUGUGGCGUAGCAAUUUCAACACCAAUACAAACCUAUACCAAGCCAUCGCGAAGCUGUCUGCUGCACGCAAGGCUGCCGGAGGUCUCGCUGGUAACGACCACAUGCACCUCUAUGUAGCAGAUACUGCUUACGCCUGGAGCCGAGCUGGAGGAAAUCUGAUCGUGCUCACUACCAACGCUGGAAGUAGCUCAAAUGCCCAGCACUGCUUCAACACCCAGAAGGCCAAUGGUCAGUGGACUAACGUCUACGGCAACAGCGCCACAGUGACCUCGGAUGGCAACGGCCAAGCUUGCGUCAAUGUAGCCAGUGGAGAGCCAAUAGUCCUUCUUGCUUCCACAGCUUCGCCAACAACAACCGCUACACCAACAACUCUUCGCGCCUCCUCCACUUCCAUCCGCAGCACGAUUGGCACAGUCUGUCCAACCACUGUCUCCGUAUCUUUUACAGAGCGCGUAGUCACUGUUCCGGGCGAUACGAUCAAGAUUUCCGGCAACACUACGCAGUUGGGCAACUGGAAUGCUGCAAGCGCUCCUGCGCUUUCGGCAUCGCAGUACACGUCCAAUAACCCCGUCUGGAAUAUCACUUUGAGGAUGGUGCCAGGACAGGCGGUACAGUACAAGUUCGUGAAGGUGUCAAGCUCAGGUGCUCUGUCGUGGGAGAGCGAUCCGAAUAGGGCGUACACUGUGCCGGCUUGUCAGGCUAGUGCUACAGUGAGCAGUGAGUGGCGAUGA